UGUCUGAAUUCUUCACAACGAACAAGAUAAACUGUCAAUAAUAACACAUUUCACAACGUAAAAACAGCAAACCGUCGGUAUUCUAACCGUUAACGGCCGCUCACAAUGAACCGGGGGAGGGUCGAAGCUCCGUCCGGUCCGCCGGUGAAAACUAACCGACUGAGGAGGAGUUUUAGGCAGACUCAAAACACACAGACCGCGGAGGAGGAAGACUCUCCAAUCAGAACAAAGUCGGAAUUUAAGUCCCCGACCCGGAUCCCGAGGUCCAGGACGGGUGUUUUCAGUGCAGAGUCUCCGCACAACGACUCUGACUUCCAGCAGGACAUCAUCUGGGACCCCACCUCUCCUUUACCUAACAGAUUCGGUAAAAAAGCAGCGAGGAAGCAGCCUGUUCCAGUUGUGAACAUCUCAGACAUCGUAAACAGGAUCGCUCCAAAGCAUGGCAGACCGAAGGUGGCAGAGCCCACGCUGCAGCAGUGGAUCGGAGACACCAUCCCCUGCACCCCCGACGUUCAGGUCCCCAAACACAAGAGGAAAUCCCUGAGGCUGAACGCGGUGGACGACCUGCUGAAGCUCGCCAAGCAGUUUGACUUCAACAUGUUUCAUCAGGAAGAAGACAAGAAAGAAGAGCUGAAGGAGCUUCAUCAGCAGAGCCUGGAGCUCCUGCCAGACGACAUCUUGGAUCAGAACGACUUCUCCGCUUCUCUUCCUGGAAACCAGCCCCCAGCUGUGAGAGCAGGUCCGGACGUUCAGCUGCACCUGAUGGACCAACACAUGGAGGACGAUUUGGACUUCCUGUUCGACGGACCGACCCAACAUCUAAGCGGAAACUUAAGUCAGGUGUUGUCAGCUCAGCCGUCACAAGCGAAACCAGCAGCCAAAGAGGCUUCUGGGAAAACGUCUGCUUCCUCACACACUCCCACUCCCGUUGUUCCCACGUCCAACACUAAGGACGACUUUGACGACGAUUGGGAAAACGACGACUUGCUCAAUGACUCUUUAAUGUUGGAGAUGACGCAGAACCCUCAUAAAUUCAUCUCCCCAAAGCACGCUUCAACCCAGAACCAAACCAGUCAAGGCACAUUUCCAAGAGAAAGUCAAAGAAAUGUGGUUCAAUCGGCUGUUUCUGAAGUGGAGAAGGGCAACGUGAGGCAAAGAGCGAGUUUCAAACUGGAGCCUAAUCCUAAUUUCCCUGUCAAACUAACCCAGACGGACACAUGGGCAAAUUCUAAUGUGGAUUCCAGCUCCAAAAAAGCAAAUAAAGACACGUUUUCAUCCGGAAACAGUGUUUUAAAAGUGCCAGGUUCUCAGUAUACCUGGCAAACAUCAAACACGGUGAAAUCACAACCACUGAAACCCCAAUUCAAUCAAAAGUCUACUUCUUCUUCCACUGCAUCAAAAAUACAAACGUCAAACACAAUGAAGUCAGAUCCACCAAGACAACAGUUGAAUCCAAAUAAUUCUGUUUCUAAAUACGACUCGACUUCUUCUACAAACACUUCAAAAACAGCUGCUCAAAGUUUUCCAAUAAAACCCGCAGUAGUUCCAACGCCCGCUGUCUCUGAACACCAAGAGGAGGACCUGUCGAUUUUCUUCGAGUCCGACCCGGUUUGGGACGACCUCGCUGACGACGACCUGCUGUGUGAAAUGUGCGAAGACAUGGAGAACCAGAUCCAAAACGUGCCAAAAGUUUCAACAAAACGCUCUCUUCCCGUAGGUCCAGUGGCCAACCAGAGAGCGUCGCUGCAGCCGUACAAUCAGCAGACUUUCAUGCCUAAAAAACCAACUCCUUCAAAUGUUUCCUUUGCCUCGGGAAGAGCAGCUGGCAGUUCAUUGGCUGCUGGGUUCGUCUCUCACGUCGGUGCACAGAUGACAAAUUCUUUCAGAUCCACACAAGUGAAGAAGUCGUCUGGAUCCACGAACAGCUCCAUGCAGUCAGGAGGAAACCACAGAGAGAAGUUCACCUUCAAGAAGCCCAACAACCCGGUUUCUACUGUGACAAGUAAUU